AUGGGUUGUUGCGCGUCAUUAUUUCGAAGCCCUCAGCGGCAGACUGAAAAUAUCGAAAACGGCAACGACAAGUCUGUAGGCGACACUGCCGCCUCCGCAGAUUCCGUAACGCACUGCCCGUUGACGAUACCAGACGAACCAGUGUCAGUAUCCGAUAUCACUACCUCGCAGCCAGAUGCACCGAUUCAACGUUCUACACCACAAGCCCAGGCGCCGCCCGACCCUUCCAUACCAUCCAACAUCGUGGAUGAUAAUCUUGCACCGUAG